AUGUCGACCGAAAUCAGUGCCGAGCAAUUGGAUGAGAUAUAUGCCUUCGCCGUCCAACUCGGCAAGGAUGCUGGCAAGAUGCUCAUGGACGCCGCGGCGCUCCGCAUAAGCAGCGCCCCUGGCCAAGGCCAACAGGUGUACGAAGACAAGGAUAAUGCGGUGGAUAUUGUCACCAAAACCGAUACCGAUGUCGAGGCUUUCAUUCACAAUUCGAUAUCUAAGAAAUACCCCGACCACAAAUUCAUCGGUGAGGAGACAUACUCGGCUGGCUCCUCCAAAGACUAUCUCAUCACCCCGGACCACCCCACCUGGUGCGUCGACCCCCUUGACGGCACGGUCAACUACACUCACCUGUUUCCGAUGUUCUGCGUCUCCAUCGCCUUCAUUGUGUCUGGAAAACCCGUCAUUGGCGUCAUCUACGCCCCCUUCCUCAACCAGCUCUUCACCUCAUGCAAGGGCAAAGGCGCCUGGCUUAACGAGACGCAGAGUCUACCCUUGGUCAAAGCGGUGCCCAUUCCAGCCAAUGCCCCCAAGGGAUGUGUUUUCAGCUGUGAGUGGGGCAAGGAUAGACGGGAUCCAGACUCGGAGAAGGGGAAAGAGGGUAACUUGGGCCGUAAGGUUGAGAGUUUCGUGAAUAUGGCUGUAGAGAUUGGGGGACGAGGCGGGAAAGGUGGCAUGGUGCACGGGGUGAGAAGUUUGGGCAGUGCCACGCUCGAUCUAGCGUACAUAGCCGUGGGCGCCUUUGACAUAUGGUGGGAAGGUGGUUGCUGGGAAUGGGACGUGGCGGCCGGCAUUGCUCUCCUUGAAGAGGCUGGUGGUUUAGUCACAACGGCCAACCCACCCUCUGAUCCCGCAACAGCAGAGAUAACAGAUGUCAGAUUAGGGAGUAGACUGUAUCUGGCCAUAAGACCAGCUGGACCAUCCGCGACGGAAACGGGGCGACAAGGCCAAGAGAGAUUAGUGAGAGAAGUUUGGAAGCGUGUUCGUGAUCUAGACUACUCCCGUCCAGGAGCUUGA